AUGAAGGUUAUUCUCGCGAUUAACGCCGGCUCCAGUUCGGUCAAGAUAUCGGUCUAUACUGCAGAUAAGAACGCAGAGCCUCGCCAAAUCGCCGAAGCAUCAGUUGGCGGUUUAACUGCACCGCCAGCAACUCUUGCGUAUUCCCGUGGCAGCGAAAAAGUGCUAAAGGCCAAGGAGGUUUCUGAAAGCGUCAAGACCCAGGGUGACGCUUUUGACCUCAUUCUGAAGAUAUUCAUCGAUGAUCGUGAGCUGAAAGAGAUCUCUUCGAAGGAAGAUAUCGCUAUCGCUAGCCACCGUAUCGUUCAUGGCGGCGACUACGACCGGUCUCAAGUCAUCACUCAAGAUACUUAUCAUCAUCUUGAAGAACUCAGUGAUUUGGCACCGCUCCACAAUGGUGUUGCUUUGAGUAUUGUCGAUACAUGCAUCAGUGCUCUUCCCAGCACGGUCAAUGUCGCCUGCUUCGACUCGCAAUUCCACCAGACUCUACCUCCACAUAUUUAUACAUAUCCCAUUGAUCCUAAGAUUGCAAAGAGCAACCGCCUGCGCAAGUAUGGGUUUCACGGUAUUAGCUACGCCUUCAUUACCCGUUCUGUCGCCAAUUAUCUUCAGAAAGAUGUCAGCAGCUUAAACAUGAUCGCUCUGCACCUUGGUAGCGGUGCCAGUGCGUGCGCCAUCAAGGGCGGCAAGAGCUGGGAUACGAGCAUGGGGCUUACGCCUUUGGCGGGCCUUCCUGGUGCCACUCGAAGUGGCAGUGUUGAUCCAAGUCUCGUCUUCCACUAUGCCUCCGAUGUGGGGAAGCUUUCUCCUGCAUCCACAAAGCACCUUCACAUCUCACGAGCUGAGGAGAUCCUCAACAAGGAGAGUGGUUGGAAGUCCAUGACAGGUACGACGAACUUUGGCGUCGUUGCCGACUCGGAUGAGCCGAGCCAUCGCCUGGCCUUCGACAUCUUUGUUGACCGUAUUGCCGCCUUUGUCGGUUCCUACUUUGUGACCCUCGAGGGCCGCGUCGAUGCUCUGGUCUUUGCUGGUGGUAUCGGCGAACAUAGUGCUAAGCUCCGCUCUGCUGUUGUCAACCGGGUAGCCUGUUUAGGGUUUGCCCUCAACGAUGCCAGCAACCAGGAGCCUAUCAAGGACAUUGUUCAUGAACUAGGUGAACGCGAUGCUUCGCAACGAGUGCUGGUUUGUCAGACAGACGAGCAGCUAGAGAUGGCCAGGUUGUGUGCUGAAAAGGAAGACAUUUGGGAAUGA